AUGCAGCAGGCCGAGGCGCCCAGCACUUACCACCAUUACCUGAUCCUCGCAACUGCCUUCCAGGCUAGAUACUAUGAUCCAGCCCACCAAAACCUGGCCUCGAAGAUUUUCAGCUUAUGCUGCAGAGACUGUGAGGAGCCCCACUCCAUGGAUGACUCCAAGGUCCCCAGUCAAACCCAAGAGCCUCAGCCAUCGACCUGCAGCUUACAGAAGGAGGAGCUGGCCAGCAAGAAUCCCAAGCGUGCUAACGAAGCCUCCCGCUUGCCUUUGGGACAACCCCUGAUGGGUCCAGAAAAGCUAGCCUCCUCCACCAGCAAUAAUGAGCAUGAGGCUUCCUUCUUUCUAGAAGGGAAUACACACGUUUCCCCAAGAGGUUUUUACAAGAGAAACCCAACCCACUACUCCCAGGAUUGCUGGCCAUUCCAGCCAUGCCACACCGGGAGACCCUGAGCGUUCUAGUCUGCUACCAGCACGCUGCCAGCGAGGCUCCGGGAGGAAGGGGCGGCGAGCAGGGGCCGUGAAGACAGAUUCGGAAACUCCCCCCCCCCCCCCCCCGAGGAGGAGAAGACGUCUGAGCCACCUC